CUUGUCAACUCCUUUCUCUUCCUCUUCCUUCUCGGUGCAGGACAAACAACUCCAGCAAAGAAAAGAAAAGCAAAAGAAAGGCUUUGCUGCAGCUUCCCAAUCCCAAGGGCAACCCCACUUUGCCAGCAGCUCCAGGUUGCUUCUUGCCCUCAUUUUCCUGUGUUUUUUUCCGGGCAGGAUUGGCCUUGCAGGCGUGGUUUGCAAACAGACUUUGCAGGCAGCUCCGCAGCAUGGCUGAGCGUGCUGCUGCAAGGCUGCACCUCUCUGGGCUGUGUUUCUUCCUCCAGCUUCUCACCAUCGUCCUCUUCGCCACCUUUGUCCGGUAUAACCCGGAGAGCUCCAAACUCUGCUCCACUGAACCAAGCUGCAACCAGAAAGACCCCAGCCCGACUUUGGGGUACCCCCGGUUCCGGGAUGCCCACCUCCGAGCUCUCCUUGGCUUUGGCUUCCUACUGGCCUUCCUCAGCCGCUAUGGGGUGGGCAGCGUGGCUGGCAGCCUCCUCAUCGUGGCCUUCACCAUCCAGUGGGCCAUACUGGCCCAGGGGCUCUUUUACUUCUCCCAGAACAGCAAGAUUUAUGUGAGCACGCAGAGCAUGGUCAGUGCUGACUUCUGCACCGCAGCAAUCCUCAUCUCCAUCGGGGCUGUUCUGGGCAGGGUGAAUCCUAUCCAGAUGCUGCUGAUGGCUCUCCUGGAGGUGCCCCUAUUUGCUUGCAAUGAAUACAUCCUGCGGAGCUUCCUGAUGGUAAGCGACAGUGGAGGCUCCUUGACCAUCCACACUUUUGGUGCUUAUUUUGGCUUGAUGGUUUCACGCGUCUUGCACCGGCCCCACAAGGACAAGAAGAAAGAGCAGCAGGAUGUGGGGCACCAGCCCGAUGUCUUUGCUGUGGUUGGAACCAUUUGCCUGUGGAUCUUCUGGCCCAGCUUUGCCUCAGCAACCACAACCCAAGACAGCGCCGAGCCCUGGGCUGUGCUGAACCUUUACUUCUCUCUGGCAGCAAGCACCCUGGCCACUGUCAUCCUCUGGCCCAUCCUGUAUGAGGAGGGCACACUGCAGGUGGCCCAGCUUCAAGAUGCCACCUUGGCCAGCGCAGCCGUGAUGGGGAUGGCAGGGGAGAUGCUGUCCACCCCCUUUGGGGCCCUCACAGCAGGUUUCCUGGCCAGCCAGCUUUCCCUUCUCAGCUCCAGGUUCCUCUCGCCCAUCCUACGAUCCAGGCUGAAAACCGAGGACACUUGUGGAGUGCACAACGUCCAUGGGCUGCCGGGGAUCCUUGGUACCUUCUUGGGGACGCUGCUGGCAUCGUUGGCCACGGCGGAUGUAUUCGGUGACAGGCUGGAGCUCGUCUUCCCAUUAGUAGCCGACGGCAGCCGCACGACGGCUGAGCAGGCACAGUGGCAGCUAUUGGGGCUCGUCGUCACCCUGCUGCUGGCUGCCUUCGGGGGAGGCAUCACGGGUGCCCUCCUGAGAACGAAGAUGCUGAGGACUCCCCCCGAGAAGAACGAGAUAGAGAGCAAAGCCCUACGGGAGGUCGAUGAGGAUGGAUGUGACCACCAGGCAGGCAGAGAGGAGCGAGGAACCAUCGUUUGACAACCCCUACAGCGUGGUGAGUUCCAGGCAGUGCCUGCAGCUCCACGUUCCCAACCGGGCUCAUCUCCAUGAGUUUCCCAAGGCAAAUUGGGAUGGACAACGAAGAGAUGCUGAAGUCAUUCGGGUUCUUGAUGUGGGAACAAGGGACAGCCUGGCUUGGUGCAGAUCCAGACCUUGCUUGGUUGAGAGGUGCUGCUCUGCUCUGUGCCUUCAUGUUCUCCACCUGACAUAGGGAAGAGCUGCAGGGAGGGCUUUUCUUUAGGGUGCUGUGCUGGGAAGGGGCGUACUGAGCUGAAGGGCAAACAGCAGAGACUUUUUCCUAUGGAUCCUUUUGCCCACCGUCAUUAAAACACCUCUGUCUUCUUUUGUAACAUCA